UGUAUGAAACGUAAAUGAAACGAGACACAAGAGAUAGUGCUAAUAUUAAGCUUCCACUUCAAGUAUGUCUCAGUUAUUAGUUUCUCUGAAUUUAACACCAGGAAACGAUUCUUUUUAACCAGCACUGUAGUCAUGUAAUUUAAAGGCUUGCAUUUCCUAAGCUAUGCGGGGCCGCUGUGUUAGGUGAAUGUUGUUUCUGAAAUAUAGCGCCAGGCGGCUACGUCUCUCUCGUAUUCUGUGAAAGUGAAAGCAACUGGAGGGCAAUUUUGACAGCUGAGACUAGGGAACGAACAACAUUUACUACCCCUGUCUGAUAAUUAACAAGCCGGCCUCAAAACCUGCAUCUCUUGUUGAAAACAGCUUAUCCGGAAUUUUCUUUUCGUGUUUGGAAACUGACACUGCGGUGGUGAGAAUCCCAUUAAGCUCCCCGCUUAACUGAAGAUCGAGAUGUCUUGUUGAGUAAAUUACUGGCACUGGAUUGUAACUGUUGAACCUUGGCAUCUGACCACAGAAUCUGCAGUGUCUGUCUUCUCCAGAUAAAGAACAAAAAAAAGGCACACAGGGAGAUAACUAUGUGAAUAUCAGACUCCUGGCUGCUGAGAAGAUAUCUUCUGAUUGCAAAAGCCAAACAGCAAACAGCUUGAUAUGGAGGGUUUCCUAAUCUGAAUCACCAGUGCUUCUCAAGUAAUUAGUUAUGAUGGACCUGUUUCAGUCUGCCUUGACCACCAUGACACCGGCCCAAAACAGCACAAACUCAGACAGCAACGACGGUUUUGGAACGAAGACAAAUUCGACCACAAACAUUGUCACGCCACUCCUGGUGCUGUUCCUGCUGCUUCUAAUCUGCAUUCUUUCAGCUGUCUAUUUUCUCAGGUUUAGAAAACAGAGGAAGGCAGAUGCCAGUACUGUGGACAAGAAGAUACCAAAUGGCAUUUUAGAAGAACAAGACCUCAUUAAAGAUCAGGAGGACAAUGCUGGAGAGCUGAGCACACCGUGCUCUCAAGAACAACAGACUGUCAUGCUCCUCACAAGAUCACCAUCUGCUUCUAAGAAGUACUUCCCUAUUCCUGUUUACUGCUUGGAGAAGGAGUACAGGAUACGCUCUGCCGAUGAUGGCAAACUCUUUCGGGAGGAGUUCAAUUCUUUGCCAAAUGGGUAUACACAAGGCACAUGCGAGGAGGCCAACAGGGAAGACAACAAAGAAAAAAACAGAUAUCCAAACAUCCUUCCAUAUGACCAUUCCAGGGUGAUUCUGACGCAGAUUGAUGGCAAUCCUUGUUCAGACUAUAUAAAUGCCUCUUACAUCGAUGGAUACAAGGAAAAGAACAAAUUUAUAGCUGCACAAGGUCCGAAGCAGGAAACCGUUGCAGAUUUCUGGAGAAUGAUAUGGGAACAGAAAUGUGCAACUAUUGUGAUGUUAACAAAUUUAAAAGAAAGAAAAGAGGAUAAAUGUGAUCAGUACUGGCCUGACCAGGGCUGCUGGACGUAUGGGAAUGUUCGUGUUGCAGUGGAAGAUUUCACAAUCCUCGUGGACUACACAAUACGCAAGUUUUGUGUACAGUAUCAGACGAGUGAGGGCUCCAAGGCCCCCCGAUUGAUAACGCAGCUUCACUUCACCAGUUGGCCGGAUUUUGGAGUGCCUUUCACACCCAUCGGAAUGCUCAAGUUUCUGAAGAAAGUAAAGUCAGUCAACCCCUCCUUUGCCGGCCCCAUUGUGGUUCACUGCAGUGCUGGCGUAGGCAGGACAGGGACCUUUAUCGUGAUUGACGCUAUGAUUGACAUGAUGAACACAGAGCAGAAAGUGGAUGUAUUUGCAUUAGUGUCAAGAAUACGAGAGCAACGUUCACAGCUUGUUCAGACUGAUAUGCAGUACUCCUUCAUAUAUCAAGCACUUCUGGAAUACUACCUCUAUGGUGACACAGAACUUGAUGUCUCCUCCUUGGAGGGACACUUACAGAAGCUGCACAAUACCUCAGCUCCGUUUGACAGAGUUGGGCUAGAAGAGGAAUUUAAAAAAUUAACUAAUGUUCGAAUAAUGAAGGAGAACAUGAGGACGGGUAACCUGCCGGCAAAUAUGAAGAAAAACAGGGUACUUCAGAUCAUUCCAUAUGACUUCAACAGAGUAAUUCUCUCAAUGAAAAGGGGUCAGGAAAAUACAGAUUACAUCAAUGCAUCAUUUAUAGAUGGCUAUCGACAGAAGGAUUACUUCAUUGCAACCCAGGGCCCUUUGUCACAGACAGUGGAUGAUUUCUGGCGAAUGGUGUGGGAAUUGAAGUCUCAUUCUAUUGUAAUGCUCACAGAGCUACAAGAAAGAGAACAGGAAAAGUGCUUCCUGUACUGGCCAUCAGAGGGCUCUGUAACACAUGGAGACUGGACAGUAGAGAUAAAGGGAGAUGUCCGCUGUGACACUUUCAGUGUGAGAGAUUUUAUGCUGUCAUUCAGCCCAGAGAAACAGACGAGGCUAGUCCGCCAGUUCCACUUCCACGGGUGGCCUGAAAUUGGGAUCCCAGCCGAUGGGAAAGGGAUGAUCGACAUCAUAGCAGCUGUGCAGAAACAGCAGCAGCAGUCCGGGAACCACCCCAUCAUAGUGCAUUGCAGUGCCGGAGCUGGAAGGACGGGUACAUUUGUUGCACUCAGUAACAUCCUUGAGCGAGUGAAGGCUGAAGGUCUUUUAGACGUGUUUCAAACUGUGAAAAGUUUACGCAUGCAGAGACCCCACAUGGUGCAAACACUGGAACAGUACGACUUUUGCUAUAGAGUGGUACAAGACUUUGUCGACAUUUUCUCAGAUUAUGCCAACUUUAAGUGAAUAACUGCCUUUUAAAUGCUGGUUGGCCAGGAUUUUUUGUAUAACUGUGUUAAAUUAUCAUAUAUUUUGCUAUGCACUUGCCCUUAAAAAAUGCAUAAAAGCUGUAUCAUAUUGUCUUAUACCUUUGUUUUCAGUGCAAAUGCCAAAAGGAAUUGCUGAUGUAAAUGAUACAUGAUGUAAAUUAAAUAUUUAAUGUCAUGAAAUUUGACAGAAUUACAUGUAUAUGAAAUUGGGUAUUCAGAUAUGGCCAAAUGUUGUGCAUUACCUAGAAUUUUAGGAUUAACACAUAAUUAAAAACUAAAAUGAUAUGGACAUAAUUUAGAUUUAUUUAACACCAUGUAAUCAAAUAAACUACAGAAUUAUAUUGGAAAAGUCCACCUGAAGCCAGAAUAGUUAGUUGUACAGUAUUUCAUGUUAGAUUUCAAAAUGUCACAUUUUUCAAUUUGUCAGUUUUUCAAUAAGUAUAUGGAAAACUACAAUGUAUGUAACUCAGUAUUUUAACACCUUAUUCAGCAGGUCUCAGUUGACUUUAUGAAGCAAACUCAGUUCAUUCUAUAUAGUGAUGCAAAACAUUUGGCCAGAGCUGUAGCAGUAGUAG